GACACUUCCCUCCACCUCAUGCAAAAUCAUCAAGCGUACUCUCUUCGUUGGCGCCAACCGCAUGGUUGUACUUGCAGGAGAGAAGCACUGGUGCCUUCACAUCUGUACAGCUAACACGAAGAACGCCGCAAGAUGAGCUAUGAGUCCAGCCCGAGGCGCUCGCCGCGCAGAGCCCGACACUCUAUGGCAGCAAUGACGUCCAGCGCUUCAAAAGAGAAUACACCAGCUACAUCAGCUGGUAGCGUGGCGGGUCGCUUCAGCGAUGUUCAUAGCAGAUUUGAUACGAAGGCAAAGUCGAAGAUGAGGAUGUCACUGCCUGCAGCGUCCGCAGUGAGCGUCAGCGUCGGCACCUCUCGACGUCAGCUUGCACCGCGCAAGUCAGCCCUCAAAGCGACGCAGCAGGUCUUUCAGAGCCCCACAGGGCUGGUCGCUAGUCCAAUCAACAGGCCGACUCGCGGGCAAACGAUGAUGAUCUACGGGACGAGUCAAAUGCCAAAUAUUGAUGACAUCUUCGCCGGAUUCAGUCAGGAAGUCGGGGAAUCCGAAGUCAAGACUGCGCCAAUACAACCAGUAUCUCGGGAUCGAGAACCUAGCGAAUCGCAGAAGCAAGCAGGUCGUCCACCACAGGCGUCUGAGAGAAAAAUGGAAGAGGAAAGCGAAAAUGAGCCAAGGCCGAGGAAGCGGAGAGUGACUUUCAGCAGGAGACAAGAAAAGACGGACUUCAUUUCUGACGAGCCAACGAUGAGCAUUCGGCCUGCUAGCGAGUACGAACCCGCCGCGUCUGACACCAGUAACACUCAAAGCAGCGCUGCCCAGGCCCAAGAUCAAGAGAGUGAAGACGAGGACGAUGACAGCGACAGCGACAGCGAUUCCGAUGUUGAGGAGUACAGGAAAGCCAAGCGGAGGGCCGCCUCAGCGGAAAGCUCUGAUAUGGACAUCAUCACAACAGCGAACCUCACUACGUACACGGGCUAUGCUUUCACUGACACGUCUCUGGGCGACGUGGAUGAUGACACAAGGACCAUGGAAUUCACUACUCCUUUCGCUGCUGGAAACCAUCGCGAUUCGAUUGCAGGCGAAGCAAUGGAUAUGGACCUUACAGCUCCAUUCGGAGCAAGAUCCGGCCGUCAAUCCACGGGGAGCGAAACAGUCGACAUGGACCUUGACGAAAGCAGCGCGAGUUUGCAUGAUGACUCGGUGGAAGGAGCUGGAGGAGACCGGACUCAGACGAUGCAGUUCACUGGCGUCUUCCACAGCAUAGGUUGUGACAGCGAGGGAAGCUACCGCACCGAGUCGUCCACUACGGAAGUCCAAGAAGAUGCGGAGCGAGAGGAAGGCGAAGCAAGCAUGGAGUUCACCCAGCCCUUCACUAGCGGCAAGGUGGACGAGGGAGGACUGUCUCGCAUUUCGGAGGAGGAUAGUGCAAUGCUAGAAGAAAUAUCACGACAGUCUGUCACGAUGGAUUUCACAAGGCCAUUCAAUUCGGUCGCUCAAAAACUGCAGCAUACCGAAAAGGUCCGUCGGGAUACGCAGAAGCAUUUCGAGGAACGAGUCGGUGACACCACGCCCGUCAGAGCACCGCGGACUUCUUCCAGCGGCUCACAAACAUCGACGCCCAAUCGUAUCCGCGACAAGAUUCCAUUCGGACACGCCUCACCAAACUACAAGCACUCACCAGCGCGACGGGUGAUGCCCAGUGAAGCAGAAGAGCCGAAGCCUUCCCCUAAGCGCAGCCCACGCAAAGAGAUUGUCGUACCAGCGCAAAGUCGUCAGUCCCUUUCAGCCAUUCCUCCGCAUGUAUUCACGCAGCAACCACGCCACAGUGGAGACAGCUCGCUCGAGUCCGCCAGCAGCAACUUCUCAGCACGAGUGCUGCCAGACAUGCAACUCACUUUGCAGAGCUUCUUGGAUGCCAUGGGGUUGAAGUUUCAGGAUCAGUUGUCCGCGGUUCGACCCCGUGUCGCUCGCCCGAACGACCUCGACCACGGCCGGCUUGGGCCUAAUGUUGUCAGGUGGAGCAAAGUGGCAGCUGGCGGCUCGGUCUUGCUGGAAAAUCUCAGCAGGUCCUGCAAAGAGCUCGAGGGACACAUUGAGACAAGCCGCGAGGCCUUGGCAGAGGUUGCGAACCAAUUCGACGCGCAACCGCCCGCCUAUGCACGUGAUGUCAUGUCCUACCCGCCUGAGAUGGAAAAAGAGAGGAAGCUGAUAGAAGCUCAAUUCAAGCUUCAAAAGCAGUGCGCUCGCGCCCAUUCCGUUGGACAAUACUACGGCUGGCGUCUUGAUAAUGAAUACGACGAAGACACAGUAAAGCGCCUGCAAGCAAACAGACGACGCCUCGACGAAGAUGCGGCAAAGUUGGCUGCCAAGUCAUUGAGGCUUCGCGAAGAAUUGCUGCCGGAGCUGAGAGCGCGUCAUGCGCAGCUCAAGGCUGAGCUGCAGGCAGAGAAGCUGCACCAGGCAGCUGUCGCGGCCAGCGAUCAGGAAGAGCUCGGCGGCAUCCAUGCGGCUAUCGAAGACCAAAUGAACAUGCUUGAAAGCUUCCGUUCUGAAAACAGAGAAGCAUUGGAAACACUGGAACGAGUGCAAGCACGGGUGAAUGAACAGCUCGAGCGCAAGCACGCUGCCGAGGAUGGAAUUGCAGCGGCGCGUUCUGCAUGCGAGCAAAUCAAGGGCUUUACACGGGGCGAAGCUGCUCGCCUUCUGAGCGAGAUCCGGAGCAUCGAGCAGGCGCACCUGUGGACCCUCAUCUCCGCCACGGAGACACAUAUCGCGCUCCUGCACAACAGUGUUAUCGACGUCAAUCUCAACAUCAGCGUUGAAGCGCUUGUUCAGUCUGUGUCAAUCACAUCCCGGGCGUCGUCAGACAGGAACGGUCUAUACGCAUUCGUCACUGAUGCCUUGCAACAUUCUUUCAAAUGCAGCGGUGUCUUGAAGCCCAUGGAAGCCGUGCGGCGCAUCUCCAAUGCUUUCACGGCUCAGCGACACUUGCAGGCUGAAGUUGAUGCAAUGUUAUCCUGUUUCCCGACCGAAGUGGCCAAGCUCAGCGAUGAGGGGGUGCAAGUCAAAGCCAGUGUGCUACUGACCAAGAGGAAGGCGAAGCUUAGGGUGCUGGCGCCUUGCAAGCGCGAUGCGCUGAUCGCCGGCAGCGCCAUCCUUUUUCUGCCCGAGGAGAUCCAGGUUGAGCUGGUCUACGGCUCCGUUGACGCUCCAGCUGUGCAGGCGCAAAUUGCAGACAUGCUGGGCGCUGCUCCUAGCCUGCGAAGCCUUGCUCAAGCUUGUGUCAAGUCCAUUGCCACGUUUGAUGCCUAAAGUUGUACAUGU